AUGUGCAUACUACCUGCAACGUUCACAGGUAGUCCACGAUACAUGCACGCGAGGACGCAAGAGGCGAUAACAUACGUUCGUAAGUACGGCCGAUCAGACCUAUUCAUAACUUUCACGUGUAACCCAAAAUGGUACACAAUUGCUAAAGAACUUAUGCCAGGGAAGUCAGCCGACGACCGUCCAAACCUCAUUGCGCGCGUUUACCACCUGAAGUUGGGAAAGCUAAUGGAUGUGAUUACAAAGGGCCAGCUUUUGGGGGCUGUUUGCUGUUGCAUGCAUACUAUUGAGUGGCAGAAACGCGUCGUGCCUCACGCACAUAUACUAAUUUGGCUGUGCGACAAGAUUGAGGCCACAGUAAUCGAUCAUCUCAUUUCUGCUGAAAUUUCUGAUCCGUCGGCUGACCCUGAAUUGUACGAAAUAGUGACAAACAACAUGAUUCAUGGUCCCUGCGGGUCGCAUUACAAUUACACCAGCUGUCACAACAGCGUCGGCAAAUGCACCCGGCAGUACCCACGAGAUUCCGUGAGCGAAACCGUUACAGGGAACGAUGGUUAUCCACUGUACCGGCAAAGGAGUCCCGCUGAGAGAUGA